GCAAAAUCCAAGAUCAAUUCACCACAAAAAAACCCCUCCGAAAACCGGGUUUGAGGCCAGACCCACGACUCAUCUUCAGGUUCAUUCAAAGGAAACGAAAGUGGAACGAAUGCGAUGAAUCUCGAUCGAAACCAGGACGACGCCGCUUGCACAUCCACCACACACCGUCGCCGUCUUAUCCCUGUAGAUCAUCUCCGACAUCCAUCACCUUCGAGAAAGAUCAAAGACCUACUUCCUCGAUGUUCAAUCAGAGAAUCGAGGAUGCUAGACUAAGUUUGCGUUCCAUCUUAAUCAAAUCGACAUCGUCGGAUGCACGUUCUCGCGCAAAGAUGGAGAGAAAACGUAGGGAGACGAAACCUACCGGUUUGUUCCGAUGCGGCGGUUCAGAGGCGAGAUACGCUCGUUGUUGAUUCGCGUUCGAUGAUCGUUCUCCCUGAAGAAGGAAAAUAAUCACCCUUUGAACCCCCUUUCGUGAAUCGCAAGAGUCGAAGAUGAAGCCCUCCGAAUUGCCGUUCUUGGUUGUGAAGGAAGUUCUGUGGUGGGUUGGGAAAUGAGGGUCUUAUUGUUAGGUUGAAGGAAAAGGUUUCGCAUUGGUUGAAGGAUUGGUGUUGUGGUGAAGGGUAAGGAAGAUGGUGAAGUGAGGUUGGUGAAGAAAUUGUGAGAGGGUGGAGAAGAAGAGUUUGAUUUCUGAAGAUGAUGGAGAAUUGAAGAAGUGAAGAGGAUGAAGAAAGGGAUGGAAAAUGAAGGACGCCCUGCAGAAUGAAGAACUUUUUGUUAUAUAGAGCAUGAAGUCGCAACCGACUCGGGCACGCCGGGCACCUCAGGCAGGGUUAGAUGCAGAAUUCAGUUAAGUGUUUUUCAAUGCUGAUGUUGCACUGUGAAAUAUUGGAUUGCAGGUCCGUGUUAUGACUCCGGAAUGCAUCAACUUCUGCUGCUCGAUUUGCCUUUACCGAGAGUUUGCUUGUGGGCUGCUAUGUUCCAAUCGUCACCAAACUUGGCCAUUGAUUGUGAUUUUGUGGCUGUUUUGGUGCUUGGCAUGUUGCGAAUUGCUGCAGCUUCCAUGUGGCUUGCACUUCGAGCCGCUGCGUUUUGUAGCUGCUGUGGCUUUGUUAUGCAAAGAUUUUUCAAGAGGAUUUUCAUUGCCGGCAUUGCUGUUUUGGCGUUGCAGCUUUAGCUUAUGGUGGCAGCAAUGUGGGAUUUCCGUCUGGAUUUUAUGCUGCAGCUGGCCUCAUUUGGCUUAUAGUUUUGACGUUGUUGGCUUGUGUUGUUAGUCGUCCUUGUGGCCUCGUGCAUCCGCCGCAUGGUGUUGCUGUAGGAGCCAUUGAUAUAUCAAAAUGAAUUGUUAUGUUAUGGUGAUGUGGUGGUGUUAAAAAUUGGUGAAUGGAUAUUGAUUUAAAAAGGAUAAUUGGAUUUGGAUAAUAGAAUGUAGUUAAUGGAUUUAAAUGGUUUGGAAAUUA